AUGGUUAGCAUUGGCAGGAAGAUUUACAACCUGCUGGCGCCGUCCGCCGAAAAGGGCGACGAUGGCCGUGAUGUAUGGGGUUCUCGAACAUCCUUCAUCUUCGCAGCAAUGGGGGGUGCCGUUGGUCUCGGCAACCUUCUUCGGUUCCCUUCCAUCGUCUUCAAUAAUCACGGAUUACAAUUCUUUAUCCCUUACCUAAUCUCGCUCGCCUGCCUGGCCAUCCCGACGCUACUUCUCGAAAUCAGUAUCGGCCAGGCCUACCGCAGCGGCUGUGUCCUUGCCUGGCACCACGCUCACAAGAGGGCGAAAGGCGUAGGGUUUGGUGUCGUCUACAUUGGCUACGCCAUCGUCAUCUACUACGUUCCCAUCAUUGCGUGGAUCAUGACAUACUUUCGGCACUCGUUCUCCAACCCUCUGCCAUGGACUGGUCGCAAUGAGGAGUUUUUCUAUGGGACUGUUCUUCAGGAUGUUCCGGGUGUUGAGGGAAACUUGACGGCCGAUGGCAGCGCUGUUCAAGACUAUACUUACUAUCCCGGCAUGGGGAUGGUCACAGAAACGACUUUGUGGAAUUUGUUCACCUGGUUUGGUAAGCCGCACAGUGUCAAUCAAGGAUCUGCCUUCUCCCAGCUGACUUUCCGCUCUACUUUAGUUGUAUGGCUUUGCAUGUUCAAAGGCAUCGGUCUUACGGGGCGUGUGGUCUACUUCACGAUGGCCAUGCCUCUAAUCCUCAUGAUCGUCCUCAUCGGCCGCGGUUGCUCUCUGCCCAACGCUAUUGACGGCAUUCGUAUUUACUGGACCGAGUGGCACAGCGAAAAGCUUGCCUCGGGCACUAUUUGGCAGGAAGCGUGUGGCCAAGUGUUUUUUAGUACCGGCAUUGGUAUGGGCUAUGCCUCAUACAACUCCAAGUAUUCCAACGCCGUUCAGGAUGCCCUGAUCAUUUGCAUCUCAAACUCUCUCAUCGAAAUCAUUGGCUCCAUGUCUGUCUUCGGAGUUGUCGGCUACCUCGGCAUGCAUCCAGACACCAGCGACAGACUCAAUACUUUCGUCGUUGGUUUCUUGACAUACCCCGAAGCCAUUUCUGAGAUGCCCGGCGCCAACUUCUGGGGCGUCCUGUUCUUCGCGACCCUCUUCAUUCUGGGCCUCGGUUCUGCAUUUGCUCUGCUUGAGACGUUGGUCACCAUGGUUUGCGACACUGACUGGGGCAAAAAGUAUUCUCGCCCGUGGGUCUCCACUGUCAUUGUCAUCGCUUCGUGCCUCAUAUCACUGCCCUUUUGCACUGAAUUCGGGUAUACCCUUGUUGAUGCGGCUGACACCUGGAUCAAUUAUCUGGCGCUGUUCUGGAUCGUCUGGUGCGAAGCUGUCUGUGCCACUACACUUUAUCGUUACCGCGAUGUUGUCGACCAGUGCGGCAUUCUGUCUUGGUGCUUGUACAACGUGUUUGGCUACGUCGGAGGUAUGUUCAUCGGUCUUGUUGUGGCCCAUUCGGUCUCUGCUGAGGCCGGCGCCGGUGUUGGCUUCGGCAUGUUCGUCGUCGGAACUGUUUCUUCGGUGCUCCUCGCCUCUGACCCAACGGCCUACUGCCCCGACUUUUUCUGCAAAAGUUCCUUCAUGAGACGUUUCUGGUAUCUAACAUCAUAUUCGGGCAACCAACUGCGUCGCGAUCUCAACGCCACGAUCUGCGUCAGCGGGCAGUGGAAGAUCCCCGCCAUAUGGGCAUUUGUGCUGAAGUACAACACGGCGCCGAUUGUCGCCAUCAUCUUUUCCUUUGCAUACCCGAACUUUUACUCUGGAAAGCGCUGGGACCCUCUGCAUAUCGCCGGUUUUACCUUUAUGCACAUCGUUCUCGUCAGUUCACUCGUUGGCCUCGUCAUGCCACGCUGGUUCAACGUGUUGGUCCCCGAACACAAAAAGACUGAAGGCGACUACCCCGUCAUGCCGGGCACGAUUUUUUCGAGGGCGAAUGCGGCUGGUACGCUAGAUAUUGACGGGGUGCCACAGACUUCGGCGGACUCUACAAUUGAGGCUCGUGCACCGAGCGCAGAGGAGACCUGGACACAAGACAGGAGCUCAUCGCAGGAAAAGGUUGCCGACAAGCGCCAGCAAGGCGUAUUGUAG